UUUGAGUGAUUUUGAUUAAAAAGAAUAUUCACAAUCAUUAUAUGACUAGAACAAUCAGGUUAUAAUAGAAAAUGAGAUACGAAUUAGUGGUAAUGCUGAUUGCUGUGCUUGCUGUGCUUGCUAGUUCGGCAGUGUCAGCUACAGAUGGAUUAGCUUGUUAUUUUGGUAGUUGGGCAAAUUAUAGACAUGGAAAUGGCUUUUUUAAUGCAAGUGAGCAUUUAGACACAGAUCUGUGUGAUCACAUUAUUUAUACAUUUGUUGGCAUUGACCCAGAAACUGGAAAGGUUAGAAUUCUUGAUGAAUACCUAAAUAUAGGUAAUCAAGAUGAAUAUACUGGCUUGAGGGGCUUCCUUAAUUUUACUGAUUUGAAAAAGAAAAAUCCCAAUCUCAGAACUAGUUUGGCUAUUGGUGGAUGGAAUCAAUGUUCAUUGAACUACUCUAUAGUGUCAAAUGAUCCAACAAAAAGACGAAACCUUAUUGAGAGCGCUGUAAGUUUGCUGCAAGAAUAUAAUUUUGAUGGAUUUGAUCUUGAUUGGGAAUAUCCAAGUCAAAGAGAUGGAAAUCCUGUUGAUCUAGAGAAUUUCAAUACACUUAUAAGAGAAUUUAGGGAAGAAUUUGACAAGCAUGGUUAUUACUUGAGUGCAGCAGUAGGUGCAUCAAAUCAAGCAGCUGAUCUUUCAUAUCAUGUUCCAUCUUUAUCUAAAUAUCUAGAUCGUAUUUUUGUCAUGGCUUACGAUUUACAUGGUUCAUGGGAUGGAGUUACUGGAAUCCAUGCACCUCUAUACGGAACUAAUGCUUAUGACAAUAUGGCUAACGAGACGCUAGCUAGUCUAUAUGUAGACAACUGUAUUCGCGGCUGGUUGAACAGAGGUGCUGAUCCGGAAAAAAUAGGAUUGGGAAUGCCAACAUAUGGUAAAAGCUUUGAUCUUUCUGAUCCCAACAACCAUGAAAUUGCAGCCCCUGCACAAUCAUAUGGUGGAAUCUCUGGAGCAUAUACUGGCGAGGUAGGAAUGAUGGGAUACAAUGAAUACUGCGAGUCUAAAGAAACAAAAGAUUGGACAGAGGUAUGGGACGGUGAACAGAUAGGUAUAUAUGCUUAUACGGGUAGGAAUUGGAUUGGUCUUGAUAACGAAAAGUCACUCUGUAUCAAAGCCAAGUAUGCUAAAGAUUUGAAACUUGGUACUACUAUGAUUUGGUCAGUAGAAACUGAUGAUUUUAGGGGUAUCUGUGGACCUACUAAAAACCCACUUAUUUCAGCAAUUAAAGACGGUCUAAGCGCAAAUCCGACUCUCUGCUAAUCUAACCUGAUCAACUCUCUACUACAUAUAGAGAUAAUUCUUCCCAACAACAGACAGGAUUAUUUUAUGUGUGAAAAGUAUUAGGUUGGGUUAAGGUCACUUAAACACAAUUUAUUAUUAUCUUAACCUAUAUGUACAUUAUGAUGUCAUUAAUUUCAAUAAUGUUCUUUUUUUUUA